CAAUCAUGGUGGGCAAGAACAGGACAAAUGAAUUUUUAGCUGUGGUCGAGUCUUGUUUAUCAAGAGAUGCUGGCAUUCAUCGCCAGCAAUCCAUGCAACCUGCAGACAAGAUUCACCUGCUCAACCACCAGGGUCACCAUGCAGCAGGUCCACAGCUACGGACCAAGUCUGAGUUCACCAAAGCUGCAUCCUCUAUUGGUCGUGACAUCAACUCAACCAUGACCAAACUACAGAAACUCACAACUUUGGCCAAACGAAAGUCACUUUUCGACGACAGACCAGUCGAAAUCAACGAACUCAUUUAUGUCAUCAAACAAGAUAUUGCCAAAAUCAAUUUACAAAUCGGCAAGCUAGGUGAUUAUUUGGCUCGGAAUGGUGGGGAUGCUUCUGGGUCGUCUGGUUCCACCUCUGCUUCUGGCGCUCGCUCCAACAACAGACAAACCAAAGAGCAUUCACACAAUGUCAUUUCUAGUCUACAAUCCAAACUCGCUACUACUUCAGAUGAGUUUAAAUCCAUUCUUGAAGUCAGGUUCCAAAAUAUGAAGGAUCAAAAGAGUAGACGAGAUCAGUACUCAUUUGCAUCUAAUGCUGGAUCAAGUAUGGAUACCUCCGACUCUCCAUUGUAUCAUCCUGAGCGACGCCCUAAUAAUGCAAUACAAGCUGUUGCUCCUGAUCCCAAUAGUUCAUCAUCAUCCUUUCAGCCCACAUCUGGAACACCACAACCUACACUCAGAACUGGAUCGGCAGGGGCAGGAUACUCAUCAGUACCAAUGUCUGCCGAUACAAUAGCAAUAGAUUUUGGUUCACAGGGUCUCCAGCAAUCCAUGAUGCUUCCAGCAAGUCAAUCCUAUGAACAAUCCGAAUACCUUGAAUCUCGCAGUCAAGCCAUUGAAUCUAUUGAAUCUACCAUCAUUGAGUUGGGCCAGAUCUAUCAAAAUUUUGCUACCGUGCUUGCUGGCCAGCGUGAAAUGGUUCAGCGUAUUGAUGACAACGUGAUGGAUGUCCAAAUGAAUGUGGAAGGUGCCCACACACAGCUUGUCAAAUACUAUCAAAAUAUCUCUAGUAAUCGAGCACUAAUGCUAAAAAUCUUUGCUGCAGUAAUUGCCUUUUUUUUGAUUUUUGUAAUGAUGACCUGA